UAUUUGCUUGUUAUUCGGUGUGUAUCCAGUAGGCAGAGCGCUAGAGCGCUUGUUGACGUGGAGAAGAGAAACAUGGCGGCGCCCAUGAGCGAACAGGUAGACGGCGGCGAUGCGUUGCUCACGCCAGUACUGUCAGACAGCGAUUCCGACCCGGUUUCAGAAGAUGGGAGACUACCGGAGUAUGUGGUUGAGCUGGUGGACGGGGAGAUCGGUGGGGACCUGAAAUCUCUGAAGAAAGUCGGCUCGCUUCUGGAGAAACUGACCGCGGAAAACAAGCUCCUAGAAGAACAGGUGUUGACGGUGUCCAGCUCAGUGCCGCUGCGUGUGUCUUCAGCGCUGGCGGGGGCAGAGCGGGCGUGGCAGGGGGCGGAGUCUCUGCUGCACAGGGAGAGGAUGCUGUCCAACACGCUGCAGCAGCACCUACAGGGGGCUCAGCCCUGGGCCGACGGGCUGGGGCAGGUCCUGGGGCAGCUCGACACCCUGCAGCGCCACGCCCAGUACCUGCAGUGCCUCGCCCGCAUCGAGGAGCUCAGUGACAGCAUCCAGCAGUGUCUGAUGGUGAACAGUGUGUGGGAGGCCGUGGGCGCGGUGGACAGCAUGGCCUCCCUGGCCCUGGGGCUGCAGGAGUCUGGCUGUGUGCACCUGCAGAGCUUCCUGAGGGAGACGCUGGCCUUCUGGCACAAGAUCCUCAAGGACCGGCUCGCUGGUGAUCUACAGGAAGUGCUGACUCAGCUGCAGUGGCCCUUCCUGUCUCCCCCGGUGGAUUCUCUGUCGCCCCCUGCCAACGCUCAGGAGCUCUGCAGCCAGCUGGAACUCCUCGUGCCCCAGCUCCUGUGUCUGCAGAGCUCGGAUGACCUCAUCUCAGAGAAGAAGCCACACCCCUCCAGGGCGGGCCUGCCUCCAGACACGCCCCUUUCGCUGCCAAUCCAGAUCAUGAUCCUCCCCCUCACCAAGAGGUUCCGCUACCACUUCACCGGGAACCGCCAAACCAACUCCCUCAACAAGCCCGAGUGGUACCUGACCCAGGUGCUCAUGUGGAUGGGGAACAACUCCAAGUUCAUGGAGGAGAAGAUUCAGCCCAUCCUGGACCGGGCUGAUGCCAAAAUCAACGCAAAGGUGGAGCUGUGCCGCGGGCUCCUCUCCCUGGCGCAGGAGAAGCUGGCCCACGAUGCACCGCGGCUGCUGUACGACGACGCUCUCUUCUGCCACCUGGUGGACGAGAUCCUGCAGUUCGAGCGGGAGCUGCGCACCACCCACGCGUAUCCCAGCAUGCUCCCCGGCACCCUGCACAUCCUGCUGGACGAGAGCGUCUUCCAGAAGUGGCUCACCGUGGAGCGCAAGAUGGCGGUGGAGAAGGUUGACGCCCUGCUGGCAGCAGAGGGCUCCUGGAGCUCUCAGUACAGGGACAUCAGCGACAUGGAUGAGAUGAAGGCACCCGAGUGUGCAGAGACCUUCAUGACCCUGCUGCUGGUCAUCACAGACCGGUACCGCUCUCUGCCCUGCUCCCGGGCCCAGCUCAGCUUCCUGGCGCUGCAGAGGGAGCUGGUGGACGACUUCCGGAUCCGGCUGACGCAGGUGAUGAAGGAGGAUUCCCGCUGUCCGCUGGGAUCCCGCUAUUGCGCCGUGCUCAACGCCACCAACUACGUCUCCACCGUGCUGGGGGACUGGGCAGACAACGUGUUCUUCCUGCAGCUGCAGGCGGCAGCGGUGUCCCUGGGGGGGGGCGAGUGGGGGGGCCUGGGCCCCACGGAGGCGGGGCGACUGGCCUCCCUGGAGGACUCGCUGUUCCAGGGCCUGCUGGGAUUGCUGGAGCGUCUGCGGGAGGACAUGCUGGGGCGCCUCCUGGAGGCCGUGAUGAGGGAGGUGCGCGAGAAGGGCCAGCCCUACGCCCGAGACAGGUGGCUGUCCCUCCCCUCGCAGACGGACCAGGCCACCAUGUCUCUCUCCAGCUCUGCGUGUCCCAUGAUGCUCUGCCUGCGGGACCGUCUGCUCCAGCUGCAGCAGCUGCUCUGUGUGCCGCUGUUCCUCAGCUGCUGGCAGAGCCUCGCCGAGCGACUGGACCGCUUCCUGUACCAGGACGUGAUCCUGUAUAACCACUUUAACGAGGGCGGGGCGGCUCAGCUGCAGUUUGACAUGGCGCGGAACCUCUUCCCCCUGUUCGGACACUACUGCAAGAGGCCAGAGAACUUCUUCAAACAUGUGAAGGAGGCCUGCAUCAUCCUGUCACUCAACGUUGGCUCCGCCCUCCUCCUGCGGGAGGUGCUGCAGCAGGCAGAGGAAGAGGAGGAGUCCGUGACCCCUGACCCCCAGCGCCCCACCCCCGAGUCCGCCCUCAAUGAGCUGGGAGUGUUCCGAUUGGCUCCCUGUGACGUGCGGAUCCUGCUGAGUCUGAGGGCCUCCUGGCCGGGCCAGUGACCCCCCCCCAGCGCAGGUCUGUGGGCCCGCUGUGACUGAAAUAGCAGCAGGUCACAUGACAGAGCGUUUUCCCGCUGAACGCUGUGUGUGUGAGACGCUCCUCGUGACCAGCAGCUGAAAUCACGUGUUUGAUUGGCUCUUACUGAAGAGACCAGACAGUGACAGGACGUGAGUUGCCGGCGAUGUCAUCCUUCUGUCCCACUGAGAACUGGGUGCUUUGUUCACGCAGCUGUUAUAUCCCAUAAUGCAGCAGCACUUCAUGCAAAUGGACAUAAAAGUAAAUACAGUGAAUAUGGUGAAUACGUGGCUGGAGUGUGUUUGUGUGAGUGUGCGCUUGUGUCUGUGUGUGUGUCUGUGUGUGUGUCUGUGUGAGUGUGUGUUCUCACUGUCCACGCAUUCCUUCUCCUAAUCACUUCGGGACGCAGACAGCCCUUAUCUUCCAUCCUCCCGAACACCGCGACAUGGCGGCUUAACAUUCCGCAGCGGGAUUCCAAGCCAAGGGCAGGCCAUUCCGCCAUCAUCCGGCGGUUUCCCCUCCGCUGUCCGCCAUGCGGUUCCUGACGCAGGUAGACUGCAGGUAACCCACUGACCACAGUGCUGUGCGAUGGAGGAUGACGUACCCCAGAACCCCUGCCACCACGCCGCCAAUUACCACCCCUAUAUCUGCCCCAAAGAAAGCGAUUCCUCUGUAUUACUGGAUAUGUUCUGUAUCAUAGUCUAGGAUUGGUUAUUUAAAGUCAGAUCAGCAUUUAAAUGAAUAUGUGAAUAGAUGUGUCAUAUGUAGCCCAGUUGUAAUGCUGUACGUCACAGUGGAUUUUGGACAAAUUGUUAAAAGUUUCCCUGAGUUUACAAUGAUCUAAGUGGACUGCGCAUAAUCUUCAGAUGUGUUUUGAAAGAAUCAGGUCUUUCAGUAGAGGACAGAAGAUUUGCACAAUAGACUUGUGUGGUUUCAUUUCAGAUCAUUGAAAUGUAAUAGAAUUAAUAAAGAGUACAUUUACGGUG